AUGGCAAACGCAAUUAAAGUCGAAGGGUACCCGUCUAUGGAAUGGCCCACUUCCUUAGAUAUCCCACUGAAGGCCUCGGAAGAAUUGGUGGGCAUCGAUUUAGAAACCGAUUUGCCGGAUGAUCCUACAGAUUUGAAGACUUUACUAGUUGAGGAAAAUUCUGAGAAGGAACAUUGGUUGACCAUUGCUCUUGCCUAUUGCAAUCAUGGGAAAACCAACGAAGGUAUUAAACUAAUUGAAAUGGCCUUAGAUGUUUUUCAAAACUCUGAAAGAGCAUCAUUGCAUACAUUUUUAACCUGGGCGCAUUUGAAUUUAGCCAAGAGACAAUCUCUUAGUGUGGAAACAAAAGAACAUGAACUCACCCAAGCUGAAUUAAAUUUAAAGGAUGCUAUUGGAUUUGACCCUACAUGGAUUGGUAAUAUGUUAGCCACAGUCGAGCUAUAUUACCAGCGUGGCCAUUAUGAUAAGGCCUUGGAAACCUCAGACUUGUUUGUGAAGAGUAUUCAUGCCGAAGAUCAUAGGUCCGGUAGACAAUCGAAACCCAAUUGUUUAUUUUUACUUCUAAGGGCAAAAUUGUUAUACCAAAAGAAGAACUAUAUGGCUGGUUUGAAAAUUUUCCAAGAAUUACUGGUUAUCAACCCUGUGCUACAACCGGAUCCUCGUAUUGGAAUUGGUCUGUGCUUUUGGCAAUUAAAGGAUCCAAAAAUGGCGAUUAAAUCGUGGCAAAGAGCUCUACAAAUAAAUCCAAAGAACACAAGUGCCUCAAUAUUGGUACUAUUAGGUGAGUUUUAUGACUCCUUAACCAAUUCUACGAAUGACACAACAUUUAAGGAAGCCUUUUCGAAGGCAUUGAGUGACUUGAACAAUAUUUUUUCCGAGAACCAGCAUAAUCCUGUUUUGUUAACCUUAUUACAAACUUACUACUACUUUAAAGGCGAUUAUCAAACUGUUUUAAAUAUUUAUCAUCACAAAAUCUUGAAAAUGAGCUCCUUAAUAGCCAAAACUGUCCUAUCUGAAUCUUCAUUUUGGUGCGGUAGGGCACAUUAUGCAUUAGGUGAUUAUCGUAAAUCCUUCAUCAUGUUUCAAGAAAGUUUAAAAAAAAAUGAAGAAAACUUGCUGGCGAAAUUAGGGCUGGGCCAGACUCAGAUAAAAAGCAACUUAUUGGAGGAAAGUAUUAUUACUUUUGAAAAUUUAUACAAGACAAAUGAAAAUCUACAGGAAUUAAACUAUAUCCUGGGCAUGCUUUAUGCCGGUAAAGCCUUUGAUGCUAGCGCUGCAAAAAACACCCCUUCCAAAGAACAAACCAUUCUAAAUGAAAAGGCUUUAAAGUAUUUAGAAAGAUACGUGAAAUUAGCGCUUGCCACAAAAAAUCAAUUAAUUAUCUCCAGAGCUUCUCUUGUUAUGUCUCAACUUUAUGAAUCACAGAACCAAUAUAAAACUUCCUUAGAUCAUCUCUCCAAAGCUUUGGAGGAAAUGGAAUUCAUCAAGAAAGAAAUUCCGUUGGAAGUACUCAAUAAUUUGGCUUGUUACCACUUCAUUAACGGUGACUUCGCGAAAGCUGAUGACUUUUUUAAACAAGCAAAGGCAAGAGUUAGUAAUACAGACAAUAGUGUCAGCAUUACAUUGGAAUAUAACAUUGCUAGGACUAACGAGAAAAAUGAAUGCGAAAAAUCGGAAUCUAUAUAUUCCCAGAUUAUAUCUUCACACCCGACUUAUAUUGCAGCAAGAAUAAGAAAUUUGUACCUCAAAUUUGCACAGUCAGAAAUUGACGAUUCGACUAUGAGUACAGAAAUGAAUAAUUUGUUAGGAGUGAACAAGUCAGAUCUAGAGAUUCGUUCAUUUUAUGGUUGGUACUUAAAAAAUAGCAAAGAAAGAAAAAACAACGAAAAGAGCACAAGUCAUAACAAGGAAACCUUGGUGAAAUAUAAUUCUCAUGACGCUUAUGCCCUAAUCUCUUUAGCUAAUCUAUACGUAACUAUUGCUAGAGAUGGAAAAAAGUCGAGAAAUCCAAAGGAACAAGAAAAAUCGAAGCAUUCUUAUUUGAAAGCCAUUCAAUUAUAUCAGAAAGUCUUACAAGUCGAUCCGUUCAAUAUAUUUGCCGCUCAAGGUGUUGCAAUCAUUUUUGCAGAAAGUAAAAGGAUGGGACCUGCUUUGGAGAUUUUGAGGAAAGUAAGAGACUCUUUAGAUAAUGAAGAUGUUCAAUUGAAUCUUGCACAUUGCUAUUUGGAAAUGCGCGAAUAUGGUAAAGCCAUUGAAAAUUAUGAACUAGUUUUGAAAAAAUUCGAGAAUAAAAAUACAAGACCGCAUAUUCUGAACUUAUUGGGCAGAGCUUGGUAUGCACGUGCUAUUAAAGAAAGAUCUGUAAGUUUUUACCAAAAAGCGUUAGAGAAUGCUAAAACAGCUUUAGAUCUUUUCGUUAAAGAGUCUUAUAAAAGUAAGUUCAUUCCUAGUGUUAAGUUUAAUAUAGCUUUGUUACAGUUUCAGAUAGCAGAAACUUUAAGAAGAUCAAAUCCUAAAUUUAGGACAAUUCAGCAAAUCAGGGAUUCCUUGGAAGGUUUGAAAGAAGGUUUGGAACUGUUUAAAGAGUUGAAUGACUUGAAAGAAUUUAAUAUGAUUCCUAAGGAGGAAUUGGAACAACGUAUUCAAUUGGGUGAGACCACCAUGAAAAGUGCAUUAGAACGUUCUUUGAAUGAGCAAGAAGAUUUUGAAAAAGAGCAGAACGCUAAAAUUGAUGAAGCACGUAAAAUUCUGGAAGAAAACGAAUUAAAAGAACAAGAAAGAAUGAAACAAGAAGAGGUAGCCAGACGUUUGAAAUUGGAAAAACAAGCGGAGGAGUACAGGAGAUUGCAAGAUGAAGCACAAAAGUUAAUUCAAGAGCGUGAAGCCAUGGCCAUAAGUGAACACACUGUUAAGGACGAUUCAGACCUUUCUGAAAAGGACAAUGAAUAUGACGAAGAAAAGCCUAGACAAAAAAGAAGGAGAUCAACAAAAACAAAAAAUGAUGAUGAAUCCAAAAAAAGGAAAGCUGUUAAAAAGACGGUCUCUGAUAGCGACGAAGAUGAAGAUGAUGUAGUGAAAAAGCCUUCUCAUAAUAAGGGGAAAAAAUCACAAUUAUCGAGUGAGUUUAUUGAAGAUAGUGAUGAGGAAGAAGCACAGAUGAGUGGGUCGGAACAAAACAAAAAAGAUGAUAAUGAUGACAUCAAAGAUAAUGACGACAACGAUGGGUUGUUCUAA